GAACAGCACUUUUGACGUCAGGAAUAAUCAUUACAGCCUACUCUCUCAUCCGGGUCCUCUUGCUCUCCUCUCCUCUGGUUUUAAUAUUUACUUCAUCCACAGCAGGAGCAGCAGGAGCAGGAGCAGGAGCGGCGGCGGCUUACAGCCUUAACGACAGCAACAGCAACACAUAUGCAUACAUGUAAAGAGGAGCAGCGGCUGGAGGAGCAGCGGCCGUGAUCCAAACCAACUCCAUCUCCACCUGUUUUUAUUUUUUAGAACUUUUUUCUUCCCUGAAUUAUCGGAGAGGAUGUUUGCGUUCCGGCUCAACAAGUCUCUUCUAUUUUUCACACAGUAACUGUGGAUGGCUGCGGAAUGGAGAUAGCCUUGGUGAGUUUUGAGAACGGCGGCGCUAAAGGGAGCGGUGGUGGUGGAGGAGGAGGAGGAGGAGGAGGUGGUGGAGGCAACAAUGCCGAGGAGAGCUGCCGGAACGCGCUGGAUGUCCCUCAGUCGGGCUUCGUUCAAACUGGACUUGGAGAGGACUACAGUAAAGAGCUGAAUACCCGGGGGAGUCCUCAGCAGCAGCAUCAUCCUCCUCCUCCUCAUCAUCAGCAGCAGAGCUCCUGGAAAAUCAACGACAUGAACAACACUUUCAGCUGCAGCGAAAACGCCAUGGAUGCGCUUUUACGCGCGGACCACAGUCCCCAUCUGUUCGACGAGGACAUGCUGGACAUGGACAUGGACACGGAGAGCAACGAGAGGGUGCUCAUCAACAUAGCCGGGCUGAGGUACGAGACCCAGCUGGGCACCCUGAACCAGUUCCCUGAUACUUUACUGGGAGACCCCGCCAAGAGGAUAAAAUACUUCGACCCGCUCCGGAACGAGUACUUCUUCGACCGCAACAGACCGAGUUUUGACGGGAUUUUGUAUUUCUAUCAGUCAGGAGGGAAGAUCCGGAGACCUGUCAAUGUGUCGAUCGAUGUGUUCGCGGAUGAGAUUAGGUUUUAUCAGCUGGGGGAGGAGGCCAUGGAGAGGUUCCGUGAGGAUGAGGGGUUUAUAAAAGAGGAGGAAAAGCCGCUGCCUCAGAAUGAGUUUCAGAAGCAGGUCUGGCUCAUAUUUGAGUAUCCGGAGAGCUCCAGUCCGGCUCGGGGCAUCGCCAUCGUGUCUGUGAUUGUCAUCACCAUAUCCAUCAUCACCUUCUGCCUGGAGACGCUGCCAGAGUUCAGGGAUGAGAGGGAGCUGCCGGUCACCAGCCGGCUGGACAACAGCACCGCGCCCCGGCCGUCCCUCACCUUCACCGACCCCUUCUUCAUCAUCGAGACCACAUGCGUCAUCUGGUUCACUUUCGAGCUCUUCGUGCGCUUCUUCGCGUGCCCCAGUAAGUCGGAGUUCUCCAAGACCGUCAUGAACAUCAUCGACAUCAUGUCCAUCAUGCCUUACUUCAUCACAGUGGGCACGGAGCUGGCGGAGCAGCAGGGCCAGGAGCACCAGAACGGGCAGCAGGCCAUGUCUCUGGCCAUCCUGAGGGUCAUCCGCCUGGUCCGGGUCUUCCGGAUCUUCAAGCUCUCCAGACACUCCAAGGGGCUCCAGAUCCUGGGGCAGACUCUUAAAGCCAGCAUGCGGGAGCUCGGCCUCCUCAUCUUCUUCCUCUUCAUCGGAGUCAUCCUCUUCUCCAGCGCCGUGUACUUUGCAGAGGCGGACGAGCCGGAGUCUCACUUCUCCAGCAUCCCGGAUGCCUUCUGGUGGGCCGUGGUCACCAUGACGACCGUCGGCUACGGUGACAUGAGGCCGGUGACGGUCGGGGGGAAGAUCGUGGGCUCUCUGUGCGCCAUCGCCGGCGUGCUCACCAUCGCGCUGCCCGUGCCCGUCAUCGUGUCCAACUUCAACUACUUCUAUCACAGAGAGACGGACCAGGACCAGUCCUCCCUGAAGGACGAGCCCAACAGCGGCAGAGCGAGUCCCGAACUGAAGCGCAAAGGGAGCAAAUCAUCAAACAAGUCUCAGCAGGACGUGGAGAACAACGACGGGGGCGCAUCGGUGGAGAAGGCGAAUAUCAAAGCGAACAGCAGCAUGGACUUCAAGAGAUCCCUUUACGCUUUUUGCUUGGACACGCGGGAGACAGACCUGUAGUCCUGCUGUCCUCACUUUAUUAUUAAAAAAACUAUUAAAGCCCAUAGUUGUUUAGAGCAAACCCCCAUUAAUGGGCUCUUAAGUCUUUGCACAUAGCAGUUGGAGGAUCAACACAUUGCAAUCCUGAAAAGUUUUAAGAGCGACGGGGUUGAUUUAUAAAAAGCACAUUUUAAUCCCUCUCAUCUGGUGAGCACAUCCAUCAGAGGAAAAACUGUUUUGAACAAACCACAGUGCAUGUGAUGCAACACAGUGGCCCUUUAAAGCAGGAACACCUAAAGAACAUUAAAUGAAACUCAUGGAUCAAUCAAAACAGGACAUGUGCUGCAGAUAAUCACGAGCAGGACUUGGAAUAAUUACUUGACAUCGCAAGAGGAUUAACAGGACCAAGCAGACUCUUGUACAUAAUGUAGGAAGCAGUCCAUGUUCAGUAGUGCAACAACUGAAAAACAAGCCAAAUUUUAUUUUUUCGUACCUUCCCUACAGUUAGUCGUUAUGUUUACGCUGAAAAGUUGCAGCAGAUGUGUACAUAUUUCCCACAAGCCUACUCUUUAUGAAUCGGAUUAUGGUGUUAUCGUAGAUCUGGAGUACAAGCAAGUAUAUUUUUGAGACGCAGACACCUGUUUUUCCUCCGCUCAGGUUCUGUCAGAGAAGUGAGAUACUUUACCCUUUUUUUCUAAAUGAGAGCUGAUUCAC